AUGCCUGGAGAAGUGAUCGACCGACCAAACCCUGCUCCAUUGGACAGUUCGCUUCCAGAUGCGGUCCUGGACCUUGCAGCAAAGGCGCCGAAGAAACAGCUAGACAAGAAGACCACCCAGUCGCUUAAUGAUUUUCAGCAUGCGGCGUGUUACAUUGCGGGGUCUAUGAUCUUUUUGAGAGAUAAUGUUUUACUUGAGAGAGAUUUGACGACAAAAGAUAUUAAGCCUCGUUUGUUGGGACACUGGGGAACAUGUCCUGGUAUCAUUCUUGUUUGGUCUCACCUAAACCUUCUUAUCCGCAAUCAUGAUCUAGAGAUGAUCUUCGUCAUUGGGCCCGGUCACGGCGCUCCUGGUGCCCUCGCAUCACUCUGGCUUGAGGGAUCUCUUGAACGGUUCUUCCCUCAAAAGUAUGGCGUCAAUAAGGAUGGCCUGCGAAACCUCAUUACCGGAUUUUCGGUUCCUGGCGGCUUCCCUAGUCACAUCAACUCUGAGACACCAGGAUCCAUCCAUGAGGGUGGUGAACUGGGUUACUCUCUAGCUGUUUCAUUUGGCGCAGUCAUGGAUAACCCAGACCUGAUUGUAACAUGCCUUGUUGGAGAUGGCGAGGCUGAGAGCGGUCCUACGGCAGCUGCCUGGCACUCUAUCAAGUACAUCGAUCCUGCCGAGUCUGGAGCCGUGAUUCCCAUACUCCACGUCAACGGCUUCAAGAUCAGCGAGCGUACCAUUUUCGGAUGUAUGGACAACAAGGAGCUUGUCAGUCUAUUCUCCGGCUACGGCUACCAGCCAAUCAUCGUGGAAACCCUCGAAGAGAUCGACGCAGAGCUGUCUGGUGCACUCGAAUGGGCUGUCAGCGAGAUCAAGAAGAUCCAGAACGCCGCGCGAGACGGAAAGCCUAUCGUCAAGCCUCGCUGGCCCAUGAUCGUUCUCCGAACACCCAAGGGCUGGACGGGUCCCAAGAAGGUCGACGGAGAGUUUAUCGAGGGAUCCUUCCGCUCACAUCAAAUUCCAGUUCCCGGAGCAGGUCAGGACGAGGAGCACGUCAAGAUUCUCCAGGACUGGUUGAAGACUUACGACACGGACCGCUUACUCAAGGAUGGUAAGCCUGCAGAGAGUAUCACGGACAUCAUCCCUCAAAGGGACGAAAAGAGGCUCGGACAGCUGAAGAAGACAUAUGACCCGUACCAGCAGCUACAGCUCCCUGACUGGAAGUCCUUUGGUGUGGAAAAGUUGUCGGAAAACAGCUGCAUGAAGCAGGUUGGCAACUUCUUGAACCAGGUCAUCAAGGAGAAUCCCAAGAGCUUCCGUAUCUUUUCUCCCGACGAACUGGAGAGUAACAAGCUUAGUGCGGUGUUUGAGAACACUGGGCGAAACUUCCAAUGGGACGAAUUCUCUCGUGCUCAGGGUGGUAGGGUUAUUGAGAUACUGUCUGAGCACUGCUGUCAGGGAUGGAUGCAGGGCUACACACUUACUGGCCGCACCGCACUCUUCCCUAGCUACGAAUCCUUCCUUGGCAUCAUUCACACCAUGAUGGUCCAGUACUCCAAAUUCAACAAGAUCGCUCGCGAGACCAACUGGAGAGGCGACCUCAGCUCAAUCAACUACAUCGAGACCAGCACCUGGGCGCGCCAGGAACACAACGGUUUCUCACACCAGAACCCAUCGUUCAUCGGAUCCGUCCUAAACCUCAAGGCCGAAGCUGCGCGUGUAUACCUACCUCCCGAUGCCAACUGUUUCCUCAGCACUAUCCACCACUGCUUAGGCUCAAAGAACUAUGUCAACCUCAUGAUUGGCUCCAAGCAGCCCACCGCUGUCUUUUUAUCCCCUGACGAAGCGGCAGAGCACUGCAGAAAGGGAGCUAGUGUUUGGGAGUUUGCAUCCACUGGUAGUGGAAAGGAACCUGAUGUCGUGAUUGCCGGUAUUGGUGUCGAGGUGACUUUUGAAGUUGUCAAGGCCGCCGAACUCUUGCGCGACUGGAUCCCCGAUCUUAAAGUCCGCGUCGUCAACGUUACCGAUCUCAUGGUCCUCGCCGCCGAGUCGCGCCACCCUCACGCCCUCAGCCGAGCCGACUUCUUCGACAUGUUCACCGAAGACAAGGCUAUUUGCUUCAACUACCACGGCUACGCCGCCGAGCUCCAAGGUCUUCUCUUUGGACGCCCCGGUCUGCACCGCAUGACAGUCGAGGGAUACAAGGAAGAGGGUAGCACGACUACGCCUUUCGACAUGAUGCUUCUCAACUGGGUUAGUCGAUUUGACGUUGCGAAGCGGGCGCUCAAAGGCGCUGCCGAGACCAACGAUAAGAUCAAGGCUAAGCUUGACGAGACGCUGAAGAAGAUUGAUGAUCGGGUUGAGGAGGUUCGAAAGUAUAUUGCUGAGAAUGGCAAGGACCCUGAGGACUUGUACGAUAUGCCCAAGUUUUAG